CCGGAAGCGGAAUAUGAAUCACAAGUAAGAGGAAAUGGUUCGCUAACACACAAACACAGGAGUCUGUCGUCGCUGGCUGCCCUUCAUUUUCCAGCUGAACUCGGCUUUUUCCGCCUGUAGCUCGACGGCAGAGGACACCGUGUGUACGGAAAGAGCAGACUAGUCUAUUUCUUCAUUUGUGUUGGAUUAAAACCGCUGCGGUUUCAAGAUGGGAGGCGGCGAUCUCAAUCUGAAAAAGAGCUGGCACCCCCAGACUAUGAAAAAUAUCGAGCGCGUGUGGAAGGCUGAGCAGAAAUACGAGGCCGAGCGGAAGAAGAUCGAGGAGCUUCAGAAGGAGCUGAAAGAGGAGCGAGCUCGAGAGGAAAUAACUCGAUUCGCACAGGAAACGGGGGCUCUCAAAAAGAGAGAUGACCGUCUGGACUGGAUGUACCAGGGCCCUGCUGGCCAGGUGUCCAGAGAUGAGUAUCUGCUGGGACGUGCCAUCGACAAGCAGAUCACCGACCAAUACGAGGAGCCUGAGAGCGGCCCUUCUGCGGAAACUGGCCUCCUGCCCGGGUCCAUCUUCAACCCGACCACCCCCGCCUCCAGCCUCGACCUGGCCGCCAAGAUCAGGGAAGACCCCCUGUUUGAAAUCAGAAAACGGGAGGAGGAGAAGAAGAGGGAGGUCUUGACUAAUCCAGUGAAGAUGAAGAAAAUCAAAGAAAUGCUUCGCCAGAAUCUCGAAAAGAAAGACAAGAAGAAGAAGAGGAAGAAGGAAAAGAAGGAGAAGAAGGGAGACAAAGAGAGGAGGAAGGAGAAGAAGCACAAGAGAAGGAGCACCAGUUCCAGCUCAGAGGAGGAAAAUGACAAAAAACACAGGACACAUUCAAGAGAUGAGUCUUCAGCAGACGUCAAAUCUCACUCCCAUCAUGCUUCAGGCUAUGGGCUGCAGCUCCCUGCUGGCAGACAUCACCAGUCCUCCGCUCCUUCCGGUCACUCGCGCCGCCGUGAGAGGAGCCGCUCCCGGUCGCCACACGGUAACAACAGAGAAAACCACAGAAGCGACAGAGAAAACCACAGAGGAGACAGGAGGGAGCAGCACCGAGCUCCCAGUCCACAGAGGGAGCGCUACCAACGAAAAAACAAUCACUCAUCCAGGCACCUCUCUGCUGAGGAGCUGGAGCGCAAGAGGCAGGAGAUGAUGGGCUUUGCCAAGCUGAGAGAGGAGGAGAGGGAGGACAACGUCAAAAGAUACAAGAGACAAGACGAGCUGGAGAAGCAGCGGGAACAAAGUACCAAGCAUGACCGCCAUGCCGGCUUCAUCCACAACAUGAAGCUGGAGAGCGCCUCCAGCUCCUCCCUGGAGGACAGAGUGAAGAGGAAUAUCCACUCCAUCCAGCGGACCCCGGCCUCCCUCGAGAAGAACUUCAUGAAGAGAUAAAGACACAAACACUCAUCACGUUUAAAUGUAUGAACUGAUGGCACAGACUUGGCAGGAGUGUGCAGUCCACUCCCCUCUCAGUGUUGAUGUUUCUGAGUGUAGAGUUGGAGGGAUGGCUGCUGUGUUUAACGGGCAACGUCAUUUAUAAUGUAACAAAUGCAAAGGGCCCCUGUGAGAAAGUCACCGUCCCUUCAACACUCACAUGAUCCCAACUUUGUAUAGUUUUUUUUUUCCACACCUCCAGUAAGACCUGCUUUUAUCUUGGAUGUUUUUGUAAUAUAUGUUGGUGAUUCAGUGUACUCCCUUAUUCCUUAAAUUAAUGAGGAAUUUUAUUAAAACCACAUUUUUGGACCUUUA